UUUUCAAUUCAAUUGGAUUCCAUUUUACAAUUCAUUUCAUUUUCCGAUUUUUCACGUCACUCCUACCAUCCCAAUUCUCAAAUCCCCGACCCUCUCCCCGAGGCACGAGCAUUCAAAUCGGUGUUCUGUCAACGGUGACUUCAGUGCUGGAUGGAUAUCGCCCAUGGACAACGGAGCUUUUAAGCUCUCUACCCGAAAAUUUCUUCUCAGUCCCGGUUUGUCAAUAGGCAAAUGCCCACUUCCCAAGCACGCUCUGCCCAAGUCGUCGACAGACGCAGGCCGUCGUGAAGUGCAGGAGAGGCGGAGAAGGAAUGGUUGCAGAGAAGGGAAAGGUAGUUUAUAAGCUGUACAGGGCACUGACCUAUGGCCUCACUCCGUUGCUCUACCUUCAUCUGCGUUGGCGCAGACUCUGCGGGCGCGAGCACCCCCUUCGGUGGACAGAGCGUCUGGGCCGCCCCUCUCUCUUUCGCCCCCCGGGUCCUCUACUCUGGUUUCACGCCGUCUCUUUAGGUGAAGGAAUGGCUGCAAUUCCUAUAAUCAAACAUUCUAUUCAACAGAGGCCUGAUUUUACCAUUUUGAUGACGACAACGAGGACUACACCACUUGAAGUAAUAAGGAAUCAGCUUCCAAAUGGUGUCCUAUGUCAGUUUGCUCCAUUUGAUACGCCUGUUGCUAUUGAUUCUUUCCUUGCGUGUUGGAAGCCAAAUGCAAUCAUGCUAAUGGAAAGUGAACUGUGGCCAAAUCUGAUUAUGAGUGCCUCAGAAUAUGGUAUUCCACUGGCUUUGUUAAAUGCUCGAAUGUCUAAAAAAUCAUUUAAAUUUUGGUCAGGACCAGUUGGGUUUCCACUGAUUUCAUUGAUGCUGUCAAAAUUUUCCUUGAUUGUUCCAUUGAGCACUAUUCAGGCAAUCCAUUUUCAGCUAUUGGAAGCUUCUCCAUUCAUCAUAAACUUUUCUGGUGACCUGAAAUAUGCUGUUGAAGAUUUUGGUGUCUCCAAUGAAGAGUUAAAAAGAAUAGAAGACCUGCAGUUACAGCUUGCCCAUAGGCGGCUUUGGUUGGCUUCGUCCAUACAUAGAGGUGAAGAAAAAGUAAUGCUGAGAGUUCACAAAGUGCUUAUGCAGAGGUACCCUGAUCUGGUCAUUAUUAUUGUUCCCAGAUAUCCACAACAUGGACAAGAGAUUGCUCUAGAACUGGAGAAAGAAGGUUUGCGUGUAGCUUUGAGGUCUUGCCAUGACAAGCUUAUGCCAGGAGGAAAUAUAUAUAUUGCAGACACAUUAGGUGAACUCAGAUGUCUCUAUAGGCUAACUCCAGUAGCAGUAAUUGGAGGUUCUUUCCUGCCUGGUUUAGCUGGGCAUAACAUUUCAGAAGCUGCUGCAGCUCGCUGUGCGGUUUUCACUGGUAAAAAUGUGGGGCACUUCUCUCACAUGGUACGAGAAAUGCAGCAGUUGAAUCCUUUGUCAGUUCUUCAGGUUUCGGGAGAAUUGGAGUUGAUCGACACUCUCAGCAAGCUUUUCAGUGAUGACAAACUAUUGGAAGCACGUCGUGCAGCUGCAAAACAUGCAUUUCAUGCUCUAUCAAGUGGAGUAGUUGCAAAGAUUUGGAACCUACUGAACUUUCAUGUUUUCAAAGGGGCCUUGUUAGAAAUAAAUUGAAUGUUAGUGGACAACAAAUCCAAUUUGAAUACAUGCUGCCUGAUCCAAAAUCAAGUAUGCUAUGUUUUUGGCAUUUAUUUUGAUACCAUCUAGGGGUGAGCAUAAUUCGGGAAAACCCGAAAUAACCAAAUUAACCGACCGAAAUUGGUUGGUUCGGUUUGGUUUGGUUUGGUUCGGUUAAGAACACAAGAUCGGUCGGUUCGGUUAUGGUUUUACAAAGUUCGAUCAAGAGAAAUGUUAAUUCGGUUAAUCGAAAUAACCGAUUUAAUAAUUAAUUAAAAUUAAAUAUAAAUUAGUAUAUGUUAAUUUGUUAA